AUGGGUCACCAUUCUUCUACUUCCCUCCUCUCUUCCCUUCUCCAAACAAACCCUACCCAUCACCUUCAUUGUUCUGCUCUUGUCUUUGAUGCUUUAAUCACUGCUUAUACCGAUUCUGGAUUCAUACCAGACGCAAUUCAGUGUCUACGUAUGCUGAAAAAGAACAACUUUGCAAUCCCACUUCGUGGUUGUGAGUAUCUUCUUCGUCGAGUUAUGAAGCUGAAACAACCGCAGCCUUGUUGGGAGUUUUAUUUGGAGGUUUUGGAUUAUGGGUAUCCGCCAAAAGUUUAUCUUUUCAACAUUUUGAUGCAUGGGUUUUCGAAAGUUGGUGAUGCUAUGAAUGCUCGGAAGGUGUUUGAUGAAAUUCCUAAGAGACGUUUGCGUCCUACUGUUGUUAGUUUUAAUACUUUGAUAAGCGGAUACUGUAAAACUGGGAAUGUGGAGGAGGGUUUUGUAUUGAAAGGUGUUAUGGAGAGUGAAAGAAUAUCGCCUGAUGUUUUCACUUACAGUGCUUUGAUUAAUGGGUUGUGUAAGGAAAGUAGGUUAGAUGAUGCGAACAAUUUGUUUGAUGAAAUGUGCGAGAGGGGGUUGGUUCCUAAUGGUGUAACUUUCACUACUUUGAUUGAUGGACAGUGUAAAGAUGGGAAAAUUGAUUUGGCAUUGAGAAAUUUUCAGAAGAUGAAGGAUCAAGAUGUGAGACCUGAUUUGAUUACUUAUAACGCGUUGAUCAAUGGACUUUGUCGGGUUGGAGAUUUCAAGGAUGCUAGGAAGCUUUUUAAUGAGAUGAUUGGGAAUGAUUUCAAGCCUGAUAAGAUCACUUUCACUACUCUAAUGGAUGGAUGUUGUAAAGAUGGAGAUAUGGAAUCGGCGUUGGAGAUUAAAGAUAGAAUGGUUGAGGAAGGGAUUAAGCUUGAUGAUGUUGCUUUUACUGCACUAAUAUCUGGACUCUGUAGAGACGGAAGAGUUCGCGAUGCUGAAAAGUUGUUGAGGGAUAUGUUGAGUGCUGGUUAUAAACCUGAUGAUCCAACGUAUACAAUGGUUAUUGAUUGCUAUUGUAAGAAAGGCGAUGUAAAGAUUGGAGCCAAGUUACUGAAAGAGAUGCAGAGAGAUGGACGUGUACCCGGAGUUGUUACUUAUAAUGCGCUAAUGAAUGGAUUUUGCAAACAAGGUCAGAUGAAAAAUGCUAGAAUGUUGCUUGAUGCAAUGCUUAAUUUGGGAGUGGUUCCAAAUGAUAUAACGUUUAAUAUUUUACUAGAUGGUCAUUGCAAGCAUGGAGGUUCUGUUGAUUUUAACAUAUUUAGCGGUGAGAAAGGACUUGUUUCAGAUUAUGCUUCAUAUAUAGCACUAGUCAAUGAAUCAAGUAAAAUUUCAAAAGAUAGACUAAGGAGCUGA